CACAGCUGGUCAUUCGAGAGAGCGCCAUCGACGCAUUACGAGCAUGCCUGACGCUGACCGCACAGCGUGAAUCACGCAUUCGGUCGCCGUGGUCAAAGAAGGUGUACGAAGAGGCGCAGAAGGGGUUUGUGUCCAACAAGGACGACACCAUUCACGGCUCGCUCUUGAUCUUUGGCGAGCUGUUGCGCAACACGGGCGAGUUCAUGGAGGGACGGUUUGAUGAAGUCUGCGAGAUCGUGCUCAAGCACCGCGAACACCGCAGCGCGCUCGUGCAGCGUGCGGUGAUUGUGCUCAUGCCUGCGCUCGCCAGCUACUACAAGGACCAGUUCAUCAAGAGCUAUCUCAAAACGUGCAUGGCGCACCUGAUCAGCAACUUGAAAAAGAAUACCGAUCGCGCCGUCGCCUUCCAGUCCAUCGGCGAGAUGGCUCUCGCUGUCGGCGAGCACAUUCGUCCGUAUCUCGAUUCCAUCUUGCAGCCAAUCAAGGAGUCACUGAGUGUGAAAGGUCGCAAGGGUCCACAGGAGCGCACAGUCUACACAUGUAUCAGCAUGCUGUCGCGAGCUGUUGGCCCAGAGCUCGAGCCUCACUUGCAGGAUUUGCUCGAGCCUCUUUUCGGUUCCGGGUUGAACAAGCCGUUGACAGACUGCUUGAUUGAUCUUGCAGGCAACAUCCCGACGUUGCUUCCCGCAAUCCAAGAUCGCCUAUUGGACAACAUCUCGUACACUCUCGCGCGCCAGACAUUCAAAAACCCCGGAGUACCAAAGCUGAAUGUCAUGCGCGGUACAAUGCCGCGUGGCGGCGGCGGUGCAGUCGCCGUCGCGAUCGACAAGGCGGACGGCACGAUUCCGGACGCGGCCACGAUCGCACUGGCACUCCACACGCUUGGCGCUUUUGACUUUAGCGGUCACGUGCUGACGCAGUUUGUCAAGGAUUGCGUUGUCAAGUAUCUCGAGGACGAGAACGCGGGUGUGCGCAAAGAGGCGGCCCUCACCUGCGCUCAGCUGCUGGUUCGCUCGAACAAUGCAGCCGCUCUCCCUCGCACCACAAGCCUGGGCGCAAACUAUCGCCAGGCCACACCCCGUCCGAUGAGCACCCACGGCACUUCGUCGAUUGCCGUGACGCCUGUUGAGAAGAUCUCGCAAGCGCCGAAAAGCAUCCACUCGGUGGUGGUCAUUGGCGAGGUGCUCGAGAAGCUGCUCAUUGUCGGUAUUGCCGACCCGGACUCUGACAUUCGCUGGUCUGUGCUGUCCUCGCUGGACGAUCGGUUUGACAAUUACCUCGCGCAAGCCGAGAAUCUCCGCGCCUUGUUUGUCGCCCUGAACGACGAGGUUUUCGCCAUUCGAGAGUUGGCGAUUGGCAUUAUCGGCCGCCUUACCGUGCUCAACCCUGCCUACGUCAUGCCGUCGUUGCGCAAGACGUUGAUCCAGCUGUUGACAGAGCUCGAAUACUCGGGCGUGUCGCGCAACAAGGAGGAGAGUGCUCGGUUGCUCUCCAACCUCAUUUCCAACGCACCGCGGCUGAUCAAGCCCUACGUAGAGCCCAUCCUGCGCACGUUGCUGUCCAAGCUGCGCGACUUGUCUCCUGGCGUCUCAACCAACAUUCUGGCUGCGCUUGGCGAGCUUGCCCAAGUCGGCGCCCAAGACAUGGUCCACCACGUGAACGACUUGCUGCCGCUCAUCAUUGAGACGCUGCUAGACCAGUCGUCCGUUGCAAAGCGCGAGGUUGCUCUGCGCACGCUGGGCAAGCUGGCUGCCAGCACUGGCUACGUCAUCGAGCCCUACCUGCGCUAUCCCAAGCUGCUGCGCAUUUUGCUGGAUUUGCUCAAGACGGAGCAGGUCGCCCCCGUGCGUCGCGAAGUCAUCAAGGUGCUGGGCAUUCUGGGCGCGCUCGAUCCAUACCGCCACCGCCCGGAUUCGCGUCUGCCUACGAUCGCCUCGACGCCGUCGUCCUCCUCCACGCUGAACAAGACCAAAGUUGCACGCGACGCGGGCGACAUGCUGGAUGCCGUUGCGAUUGGCGCUGGCGGUCCUGGCGGUGCUGUGGGCGGUAACCACGGCGGCGGCAACUUGGGCGGCGGUGGCCUCGUCGCUGGUGGCGGACUCGGAGGCACAGGUGCUGGAGCUGGCGGCGCUGCCACGGCGCAAACGCAGCUGCCAAUGUUGCUGCUGCUGCUGCUACUGCUGCUGAUGAUCGCGGCGAUGUGUCUGACGAUGUCGUCGGUGGUCUCGGCGUUCCCAGCUAUGUGCUGGACUUGUCGCCGUCGUCGGAAGAGUACUGCCCGACAGUGUCGAUCGCGGCGGUUGAUGCGCAUUUUGAAGGAUUUGUCCUUGGCCGUGCACCACACAAUGGUGGUCCAGGCCAUCAUGUUCAUCUGCAAGAGCCUGGGUCUGCGUUGCGUGCCCUUCCUCCCGCAAAUCAUGCCGCCCAUGCUCCAAGUGAUGCGCACUCGCGAGCCUGGCUUCCGCGAGUUCCUCUUCCAGCAGCUCGGCGCGCUUGUUGCCAUUGUCAAGCAGCACAUCCGCAACUACCUCCCCGAGAUUUUUGUCCUCAUCCGCGAGUACUGGGACUUUAGCCCCGCCAUCCAAAUCACCAUUCUCUCGCUGGUGGAAAGCAUUUCGUUAGCGCUUGGAGGCGAGUUCAAGGCCUUUUUGCCAGAGCUCAUCCCGCACAUCUUGCGCGUUUUCAUGCGCGACGAUGCCGAAUACCGUUCCACGCUGAAGGUGCUCCACGCGCUCGAGGUCUUUGGCUCCAAUCUCGACGAUUACCUGCAUCUCGUCAUCCCACCCGUCGUGACCCUGUUUGAGUCGUUCGAAACGCGCGUGGAUGUGCGUCGCACUGCCAUCCAAACACUGACCCUGCUUUGCCGAAAGCUCAGCUUCUCGGACUAUGCGUCCCGCAUCAUCCACCCGCUCACGCGUGUCCUCGACGGCUCGCCCGAGCUGCGCCAGGAUGCCAUGCUCGCGCUGACCGCGUUGGUGCACCAGCUUGGCGCCGACUACAUCAUCUUCAUCCCGCUCGUCUCGUCCGUGCUUGCCCGCCAUCGCAUUCAGCACCAAAAGUACGACUUGCUCGUGAGUCGCAUUCUCGAGAACGUUCCCCUUCCAGAAGACUUUGCCGACGUCCUCAUUAUCGAGAGCAGUGCCACCCGACCUGGCAUGCUCAGCGCGAGUGGCUUGCCCGGCAUGGCAGGCGUCGCGCCGAAUGCCGGCGCUGGUGCCGCACCCGGUGGCGCUGCUGGUGCAGCCAAUGCCGGCGCCAACGCUGCCAAUGCUGCGGGUACCGGUGCGGCUGGUGCUGGCGGCGCAGGUGCUGGCGGAGCGCCUGGCGCAGGCGGUGCUGGCAGCGUUGCCAACGCAGGCCCCGUCCUGGACGACCCGGAUGCUGGCACCAUCAAGAAGCUCCACGUCAACCAAAAGAACCUCAAGAAGAUGUGGGAGGUGACGCAAAAGUCGACCAAAGAGGAUUGGACCGAGUGGAUUCGACGAUUCAGCGUCGAGUUGCUCAAGGAGUCGCCCUCGCCGGCCCUCCGCUCCUGCUCGGCCUUGUCUCAAAUCUACACGCCCCUUGCGCGCGAGCUGUUCAACGCUGCGUUCGUGUCGUGCUGGACGGAGCUGUACGAGCAGUACCAAGAAGAGCUCGUGCAAGCCCUCGAAACUGCGCUGCUUUCGCCUCAUAUUCCUCCAGAAAUCCAGCAGACGCUGCUCAAUCUGGCCGAAUUCAUGGAGCACGACGACAAGACGCUGCCAAUCGACUUUAAGACCCUGGGCGAGUAUGCUUCCAAAUGCCACGCCUACGCCAAGGCCCUGCACUACAAGGAGAUUGAAUUCUACUCUGCGCCCAACCCGCAAACCAUCGAGGCCCUAAUCACCAUCAACAACCUCUUGCAAAAGCCCGAGGCCGCCGCAGGUAUCCUUGUCUAUGCGCAGCAGAAUCCAGAUAUUGAAAUCACCGUGCACGAGUCGUGGUACGAAAAGCUCCAACAAUGGGACCAAGCGCUUGCCUCGUACGAGCAAAAGCAAAAGGAAGACCCUCUCAACUUCCAGCUGACUCUUGGUCGCAUGCGCUGCCUGAACGCAUUGGGCGACUGGGAUGAGCUGCAUCGUUUGUGUCAAGACAAGUGGCAAACGGCGGAUGAAGGUUCUCGCCGCGCGCUGUCCUCGAUGGCGGCGAACGCUGCUUGGGGUCUUGGUCGCUGGGAGUCGAUGGACGACUAUCUUGUCGUGAUGCCGCGCGAGUCUCCGGAUGCGGCAUUCUUUGCAGCCGUGCUUGCUCUGCACCGCAACAACUUCCCAUCGGCGCACCACUUUAUCACCGUCACCCGCGACCUGCUCGACACCGAGCUCACUGCGCUUGCCGGCGAGAGUUACAACCGCGCGUACGGCGUUGUAGUGCGCGUGCAAAUGCUGGCAGAGCUGGAGGAGGUCAUGCAGUACAAGCUGUACGCCGACCAGCCCGACCGCCAGCAAAUCAUCCGCCACACCUGGAUGAAGCGCUUGCGUGGUUGCCAGCGCAACGUGGAAGUGUGGCAACGCAUUCUCAAGGUUCGCUCGCUUGUCAUCCCGCCGCACGAGGACAAGGAAACUUGGAUCAAGUUUGCGUCCUUGUGCCGCAAGAGCAGCAAGAUGAUGCUUGGCCACAAGACGCUGUGCAACCUGCUUGCAACGAGUGCCACCAUCCCGCUGUCUGCUUCGAGCCUGCAGCACCUUGCCGCAGCAUCGCCCGAGCAACUGCUGCACCACGUCGAUUCACGCAAAAUGUUCCUCAGCGCUCACCCGCGUGUCUCGCUCGCCGUGCUCAAGUAUCUCUGGCACACUGCUAACAAGAAGGAGGCGCUUGAAAAGCUGCGCGAGUGCGUCGGCGUGUGGCAAGUCGAGCACCACCAGCACCGCGCGCAGCUGCAGCAGCAACUGCAACAACAGCUCUUCCAGGUGCAGGCGCUCCAGCACGCCCAGGCCCAAAUGCACCCGCAGCAGGGAGGCUCGCAGGCGCCCAACAGCGCAUCCUCCAUGUCCGACGGCAUGACGCCCACCUCUUCUGCUCCUGGUUCGGUCGCUUCUGGGCACCAGUUCCAGCAGCACCUCCAGCAGCAGCAGCAGCAGGUGCAGCACAAUCUGCCGCUCGCGCUGCAGCAGCAGCAUCUCGUUCAGCUGCACCAGCAACACCAACAACAGCAACAACAACACAACAUUACUGCCAACCGCAUGUCCAACAUGUCCUUCAUGAGCAAUUUGAAUGAACUCGGCAACUCUGGCUCGCAGCUUCCCAUGGCCAUUCCAUCCUCCCCGUCGUCGCGUGGGCCAAAGUCGCCCGGCUCGGACUUGACCAGCGGCAUUGUCACCAUGACGGUGCCAGACCAGGCCAAGCUGCUCGCGCGCUGCUACAUUAAGCUCGGCGAGUGGGAGAUGGCGCUGAUGGACUCGCUGAACGAGCGCGCCAUCACGAAAAUUCUCGACUCGUACCUGCUCGCCACCACCUACGACGACACGUGGUACAAGGCUUGGCACUCGUGGGCCUUGAUGAACUUUGAGGCUGUCUCCCACUUUGAAAAGUCAAACGCCAACCAAAAGCAAGUGCGCGCGCACAUUGCCCCGGCAUUGACGGGAUUCUUCCGAUCGAUUGCGUUGAUGCAAGGCAACUCUUUGCAAGACACGCUUCGUCUCUUGACGCUGUGGUUCAAGUACGGCUCGCAUCAAGAGGUGCAUGACGCCAUGGUUGAGGGCAUCAAGACGGUGAGCAUUGACACUUGGCUGCAAGUCAUCCCGCAGCUGAUUGCCCGCAUUCACACGCCCUCGCCGCUGGUCGGGCGCCUCAUUUCCCAGCUGCUCAUUAGCAUCGGCAAGGAGCAUCCUCAGGCGCUCAUCUACCCUGUUACGGUGGCCUCCAAGUCCCAGAGUCCCGCCCGCCGCGACGCUGCGUACGCCAUUAUGGACAACAUUCGCAACCACGCAGGCACGCUCGUCGACCAAGCGCUGCUCGUGUCCCAGGAGCUCAUUCGUGUGGCCAUUCUGUGGCACGAGAUGUGGCACGAGCAUUUGGAGGAGGCGUCGCGCCUGUACUUUGGCGAGCGCAACAUUGAAGGCAUGCUCGCCAAACUCGAGCCGCUGCACCAGACGCUCGAGCGCGGCCCAGAGACGCUGCGUGAAAUCUCCUUCCAUCAGGCCUACGGCCAGGACUUGAUGAUGGCACGCGAUUGGACGCGCAAGUUCCAGCGCUCUGGCGUCAUCAAGGACCUGAACUCUGCCUGGGACUUGUACUACCACGUCUUCCGUAAGAUUUCCAAGCAAUUGCCGCAGCUCACCUCGCUUGAACUGCAAUACGUGUCACCCAAGCUGCUCGAGGCGAACGACUUGGAUAUCGCUGUGCCCGGCACCUACCGGCCCGGCGAACCCAUCAACCGCAUUCGCGCGUUCGGCCCGCAACUCACAGUCAUCACGUCCAAGCAGCGCCCACGCAAGCUCGCCAUCCAGGGCAGCGACGGUCGCGAUUGCACGUACCUGCUGAAGGGUCAUGAGGAUUUGCGGCAGGACGAGCGUGUGAUGCAGCUCUUUGGCCUCGUCAACACGUUGCUUGGCCACGACCCAGAGACGUUCAAGCUGCGUCUCGGCAUCCAGCGCAUGGAGGUUAUUCCGCUUGGUCCCAACUCUGGUCUGAUUGGCUGGCUGUCGCACUGCGACACGCUGCACGCGCUCAUCCGUGACUAUCGUGAGAGCCGCAAGAUUCUGCUCAACAUUGAGCACCGUCUCAUGUUGCAGAUGGCGCCUGAUUACGACAGCCUGACGCUCAUCCAGAAAGUCGAAGUGUUCAAGUACGCCUUGGACAACACGACUGGCCAGGACUUGUAUAAGGUGCUGUGGCUCAAGAGUCCCAACUCGGAAGCCUGGCUCGAGCGGCGCACCAACUACACGCGCUCGCUGGCCGUCAUGUCGAUGGUCGGCUACAUUCUGGGUCUUGGCGAUCGUCACCCUUCCAAUCUCAUGCUCGAUCGGUUCUCUGGCAACGUCAUCCACAUUGAUUUUGGCGAUUGCUUUGAAAUUGCAAUGCACCGUGAAAAGUUCCCCGAGCGCAUUCCCUUCCGUCUUACACGCAUGCUCGUGAAUGCCAUGGAGGUGAGCGGCAUCGAAGGCAACUACCGCGUGACGUGCGAGAAUGUGAUGCGGGUGCUUCGCGAAAACAAAGAGUCACUGAUGGCCGUGCUCGAGGCCUUCGUUUACGAUCCAUUGAUCAACUGGCGUCUCAUCGAAGGCAACGUGAAGAACAAGAAGAAUAAGACGACUCCUUCCAAGGCCCAGACCGGCAACCUGGAUAACGGCUCUGAGAUUAUGGAGGACGCCAUUCCAUUUAGUGUGAAGCGUGCUCGAAGCGAGAGCGAGCUGCUCGAAUCCACUGAUGGCCUCAUGUCUUCGCAGCCAGAAAUGGUCAACAAUCGCGCUGUGACUGUCAUCAAUCGCGUCCAGGCCAAACUUACUGGUCGCGACUUUUCCGCUACUGAGACUCUCGAAACUGCAACCCAAGUGCAAAAGCUUAUCAGUCAGGCGCAGUCUCACGAGAAUUUGUGUCAAUGCUACGUCGGCUGGUGCCCAUUCUGGUAAACCAAGAUUCUCCAGCAUUGUUAUCCAAUCAUUCCCUUGCAUUUCCUUUUGUUUUUGAAAAGAAUUUGUGUUUGUCUUGGUGUUUGUCAUUGUGCUGUGUUGGUUGAUUGUUUACUCUCAACAAAAUUGGUCAUCCUUUUGCGCAUGAA